AUGUUUUUGGAAAUUGUCUUCUCGAUUGUUGUGCUUCUGGCUUUGUUAAAGCACCGUUUCCAUUUCCCGGAUACUUCUGGACUCUGCAGCACGAUGCUUGUUCUUGGUUCAGGAGGUCACACAACCGAGCUGAUGUCUUACGUACGCCUCCUACCUCCAGCUUAUUCUCCCAGAAUAUACAUCGUGGCUUCGAAUGACAAAUUAAGUCGGGACAAAGCUAUGGAACUGGAAACUGCACGCCACAAUAAUGAUUUCCUUAUUGAAAAAUUGCCUCGAUCUAGGGAAGUUGGGCAGCCCUAUUUCACAAGCAUUUUCACUACAUGCUAUGCCAUCGUUAUCGCCACAUUCUUGGUAUUAAAACAUCGUCCUCGGCUUGUACUCUGUAAUGGUCCUGGAACUUGUUUUCCGAUUUGUUUGGUGACCUGGGUGGUUCAUAGCUUUAUGCGUGGUUCAAAGGCUGUGGUUUUUGUGGAGAGUGUCUGCCGCACGCGCUCUCUAUCACUCUCCGGUCGCCUGCUUUACCACUUCCACCUGGCUCGCGUUGUGGUUCAGUGGCCGUACCUGCUUAAAAAGCAUCCUCGAGCGACCUAUCUUGGACUUCUCUCUUAA